AGCGCCGCCCUCGUAGGGGGCAUGCGCAGCCGAUACUCGGCGUCUGAGUUCGAUUAGCUGGCGAGAGCGCCGCCGCCGCAGAGGUUGCUCCCGCCUGUUGCGGCGGGCGGCCAUGGCGACGCGGGGGCCCUCUCGCCUGGCGUGGUGCCUCCGCCGGCUCGGGGCCAGCGGUGACUGGCUGCUGCUGGAGGCUGGCACGCAGGUAACUAUAGGCCGAGGAUUAGAUCUCACAUACCAGCUGGUGUCAAAAACCUGUCCCUUGAUGAUCUCUCGUAAGCACUGUGUUUUCCAGCAAAAUGCAGAAGGGCAGUGGACUGUCAAGGACAACAAGAGUCUAAAUGGUGUCUGGCUUAACAAACAGCGUCUGGAUCCCUCAAGAGCCUAUCCUAUUGCUGAAGGAGACCGUAUCCAGUUGGGAGUGCCUUUGGAAAACAAAGAGAGUGCUGAAUAUGAGUAUGAAGUAAUUAAAGAUGAAUGGGAGAAAAUCAGACCCUUUUUAGCCCAAAGAAAUGACCUGGGGAAAGCUAAGAGUUCAAGAACUAAACGUAAAUUUAGUUUGGAGGAAUUGGAGACUGGAUCAGAAGGCCCCUCAAACUCCAGAUCCAAGAGAGACAGAGUAUCCUUUGAAAAUGAACCUUUGGGUAAAUCAUGGGGAAGGGUAGAAGAGGCCAAACAGUUCACAGAGAAGAUGGAUGUGAAGCUGCCUUCUCCUGGACCAAGUGAGGAGGAUAGGGGUCCGGUAUGUAGCAGCCCUGUGCAUGCUGAGAAAGCCGUGUCUGUCCCGCAUAAGGACCAGAAGGGCUCUGGUCUUGCAGAGUCAUGGACUGGCUUGGAAAAGCUGAGAAAAACUCUAGUAGAUAUAACGGAGUUAAAGGUCAAAGUGCAGGAGAAGCAGGCAGCAGUUCUGAAUGUGAAGCAGAAGCGCCGGAAGUGUGCUCAGAAGGAUAUCCUGGCAAUGGAGCAAGAGCUGCAGGAAUUGCAGGACCAGCUGUGCAUGGAGCAAGAGCAUCACCAGCGACAGGUGGAAGAGCUGAAGAGGACGUUCUGUAAAGAGCAGCAGAACCUAGAGGGAGUAAAGGGGCAACAUGGAGAAGAAAAUCUGAAGGAGCAGCUGGCCCAGGUCCUGCAAGAGCAUCAUGCUUUGAUGGAAGAACUGAGCCGUAGUAAAAAAGAUUUCGAGGAGAUAAUCCAAGCCAAAAAUAAAGAAUUGGAAGAAACCAAGGAGGAGAAGGAAAAGGUGAGAGCACAAAAAGAAGAGGUGUUGAAUCAGAUGAACGAUGUUUUGGAGAAUGAGUUGCAGUGCACAAUCUGUUCUGAGCACUUUAUCGAGGCAGUCACUCUGAACUGUGCACACAGCUUCUGCUCCUACUGUAUUAAUGAGUGGACGAAACGUAAAGUGGAGUGCCCUAUCUGCAGGCAGGAGAUCAAAUCAAAGACACGCUCUCUGGUGCUGGAUAACUGCAUUGACAGGAUGGUAGAAAAACUGGAUGUGGAAAUGAAAGAGCAUCGCCUGACCCUUAUCAGAGAGCGGAAAGGUGAGAGAGAAACGGAAGGUGUUGGUGAAACCAGCCACAGACAAUGACAGCAGUGUCAUUUCUUCCAUCUACUCCAUCUUGUUGAUGAACAGCUGUGACCGUGAGGACUCUGAGGAGGAUUCUUACUAUAAUGAAAGCUACUACAUUAUCUAAACACUCUUACUGCAGACUCAUUUGUCUGUGUGCUGCCCAGAACCAGCCUAAUGGUGUUUGAUUGGCUACUGGUUGAGUGGACUAGAUAUCUGGAAGGAGAGACUGUGUGAAGAGGCUCAAGCUGAGAACUAGCAGCAUUUGGAAGAAGGACCUUGUUUUUUAAAUGAAUGUACAGGAGCUUGGUCUCUAGAACAAAAUUGGGAUUGUGAGAGAUCAAACUGCUGUUAUGCUAGAUGAUUGACAUACAAAACCUAGGCUUCCAUGAUUGCUUGUGAUCUGCUCAGUGUAACGUAAUAGUUUGUAUGCAUCCCUGCCUUUUCCUUAGUGAAUGACAUGUUUAAACGUGUACAUCAGCUUCCCUUAUUUCAGGCAGCAGAGGGAAUGGCUGUAUUUGAGAACAUGGCCAUCUCCACCAGCAGGCAGGAGAGGUAUAUCAGGAAAAAGUGCCAAUGUGGGUUUUCCUCUUGAAUUUUGUCUGGCAGCUAGAGUCAUCCCAGGCCUCUGCCAGUGAAGGUAACCAAGGAUGGGUUAUGGACCCUGUCAGCCUUAAGUGCUUAAAUGCAUUGUAAGCUGAGCUGCUGACCAUCCGUUUGCUCUGUUGGUGUUACCCAUUUCCUGUUAGAUAGGUUGGAGAAGACUAAAUCUUCCAGGAUUCCUUAGCUAGUGCUGUUCUCAUGUAGUAUCUUUGGUUUGCUCCCCCUUCAGGCUUUUGCGUAAAGAGUUUUAGAGCUGGGAGGCAGCGCAUCCAGAAGUUAGUGAGUUCAGAAACACAUAUAGUUCUUGUCAGCAGCAGAGAGGAACCCCUGUCUCUUCAGAAGUGCUGCUAUCUGAAUUAGUGAAAUGUCCUGUUGGCAGGGUAGGAAGGCAGCUUCUGUAAGCAACCACAAGGCACAGAAGGAAGCAUUUAGUUAUAUUGUUUACAAAACAUUGCUGUUGAGCUGUGGGUUGUACUACCCUCACAGCAAAUCACUCAGCUCUAAGAAAGUGAGCAAGUCUUGCCUCAUACUAUCAUGAAUUUGUCUAUGAAAUUCCAUUUUCAGUGGCAUAUGCUUUAGAUUUAGCUGUUACAUGGAAAGGACUGUUCUACACUGUGAGAAGAGGAUGGGGGAAACCCUUUUCGUCUGUAAUAUUUCUUUGGCUAUUUGUAUGUACUUUCUAUGUUUAUUUUGUUUAAGAAGGAAAAUACAAAUUCAUUUCUGCAUUAGUCUUUCUUGGUGCAACCACUGAAAUGAAUGUCUUUCUCCCAGUAGUCUUAGUCUAUGUUUUCUCAAAAAAAAAAAAUCUAUUUCAUUUUAAUGACUGUGCUUCAUGUUUUGAUUGCUGUAAGUAGUGUGGCUAUUUUAAAGUUAUUUGAAAGACUUGUGUAUUCAGGAUUUGAUAAAAGACAACCCAACUCCUCAA